AGAUCCACAGUCUCUGGUCAUCUCCUGUACUGUGUCCGCAGUCUCUGGCAUCCCUGUACUGUGUCUGCAGUCUCUGGUCAUCUCCUGUACUGUGUGUCCGCAGUCUCUGGUCAUCUCCUGUACUGUGUCCGCAGUCUCUGGUCAUCUCCUGUACUGUGUCCGCAGUCUCUGGUCAUCUCCUGUACUGUGUCCGCAGUCUCUGGUCAUCUCCUGUACUGUGUCCGCAGUCUCUGGUCAUCUCCUGUACUGUGUCCGCAGUCUCUGGUCAUCUCCUGUACUGUGUCCGCAGUCUCUGGUCAUCUCAUGUACUAUGUCUGCAGUCUGUUCAUCUCCUGUACUAUGUCUGCAGUCUCUGUUCAUCUCCUGUAUAUGUCCGCAGUCUCUGGUCAUCCCCUGUACCGUGUCCGCAGUCUCUGGUCAUCUCCU